UUGGUGCAACAGUCAGGGUCCUUUGUUUCUUCCUUCCUCUCUCAGCUGCAUCUCUCAUGUAAUCUUGGUGAAGAGUCUUGCCUGGCAAAGAAAGAGAUCAGGGACAAGGAGGUGGUGCCGAGAAAGUUCCACGAAACUCAGAAGUCGCCACCUGCCUAUCAGACUCGAAGAACCAGGAGAGAUGUAACCUGGGCAUACUUUCAGCUCUUCCCCUGCUGCCCACACUGCAGGUUUUUCAGGUCCUUGCUUGAGCGUGCACUCACAGGCGUAAAUAAACGUGCUAUCAACAACGCGCGUCAGCCACCCAGCUAUUUAAGUGGGCUGGCAUCAGCAGACUCGGCUUCCAAAUCCAGAGCCUGCCUUUGCCACUUCCACCCGCGCCAAGACCAUGUCGGCGGAGAGCGCGAGCGGCCCCACCGAGGACCAGGUGGAGAUCCUGGAGUACAACUUCAACAAGGUCAACAAGCACCCGGACCCCACCACGCUGUGCCUCAUCGCGGCCGAGGCCGGCCUGUCGGAGGAGGAGACCCAGAAAUGGUUUAAGCAGCGUCUGGCUCAGUGGCGGCAGUCAGAAGGCCUACCCUCAGAGUGCAGAUCCGUGACAGACUGAGGAGAUGGUGGACGCUGGCAGCUUCCCUCUAUGAAGACCAUCCGCCAUUUCUCUCCUCGGCUUAACCAAGCUUUUUGGUUUUUCAGUGUAGUGCUGUGUGUUUAAUUGUUAGCUGUCCUGCUAUUUAACACAAUGUUGUAUUUUUUUAAUGUACAUAACCAGAAAAGAAAGUAACCCUAGGAAGCUAUAUGUAGCUUCUGUAUAAAGCAGUGGCUUGGCUGGGAAGUCUUGGGGCUUGCCUUUCCUUUUGGGUCUUGAUAAUAGAUGGUGUGAAAAUCAUCUAAGUUUGCUUUUGAUCAUCACCUCCCAGUACCAGUUUAUUUUUACCAUCCAUUUCAGAGUGGCCAAGGCCUCUGUUGAAAAGAUAACAUGAGGGGGAAGCAUUUCCUUCUGACUCUACUUCCCUAAGUUGUUUUCCUUAUGUUGCAGUAAUACACUGAGAUUGAGGGAGAACACAGAGGUAUAUUUGAGUCCGAUUUCAUAAAGCAGUUCCUUGGAUUAUUAGCUGCAUUCACUUGGAAAGAACCCAGUUAGGCUGGGAGACAGAAACUCCAACUGGCAGAAAACCAAGUAACUAAGAAAAAGAUCCACAAAAGUCUUCAAUUUACCUUAUUUAAAUGUAUUUGUUAAAUUUAUUUUACCAAACAAAAUGAACUGCUUUUUGUCUCUGAAAUGAUAUGCUAAAUAAAAACCUUUUUUGUUGAAAAUGGA